CUAAUGCUAUCUCUUUUAUUGUUAUUUUACCGAAGGUGGAUUAUAGAUAAAUUGCAUUAAUGGAUUAGCUGCGGCGAGGUGAACAUGUUGUUUUCUUUAGUUGUUUAUGUUUUAUUUAGUGUGGUGAUGUGCCAAAAUGAUAAUAAAACUAUACUAACAAGAAAACUCCCAGAUGGCAUGAAGCUCGGUGUUGCUUCAGCCGCGUACCAGGUGGAGGGGGCAUGGAAUGUAGCAGACAAGUUGCCCAGCAUAUGGGAUACCCUCAGCCACACUCCUGGCGGCAUAAAGGACGGGAGCACGGGUGACGACGCCUGCAAGUCUUACGAGUAUUACAAACGGGACAUCCAAAUGAUCAAAUUCCUUGGUGUGGAUUUCUACAGAUUUUCCAUAUCUUGGCCCAGGAUAUUGCCAAGCGGAUUCCGGAACAAAAUAAGUGAUGAUGGGCUUAAAUAUUAUAAUAAUUUGAUCGAUGAGUUGUUAGCGAAUAAUAUUGAACCUAUAGUAACGAUAUAUCAUUGGGAUUUACCCCAAUAUUUACAAGAUUUGGGAGGUUGGGCAAAUCCGAUGAUAGCUGACUGGUACGUUGAUUACGCGCAGGUAUUGUUCGAAACAUUUGGAGAUAGAGUUAAAACAUGGAUAACUAUUAAUGAGCCGAAACAGAUUGGUCUGUUUGGUUAUGGAAUGAGUUAUUUGGCGCCUCGUUUGAAUGCCCAUGGAAUUGGAGAAUAUUUGGCGGCAAAACACAUAUUGUUAGCGCACGCUAAAGCCUGGCAUCUGUAUGAUAAGCAGUUCAGGCCGCACCAAAAAGGCACAAUCGGUAUCACAAUAGCAACGGACUUCCGUACAGGCAUGACGGACUCGCCAGAAGACAUCCUGGCUGGAUCUGAAGCUAUGGACUUUGAAGUAGGCUUGUACGCGCAUCCGAUAUUCUCGAAAACUGGAGAUUUUCCGGAAAGCGUGAAGCGAAGAGUCGCGGAGAGAAGCAAGGAACAGGGUUUCAAAAAAAGCCGGCUGCCUACUUUUACUAAAGAGGAAAUUGUGUUUAUCAAAGGUACCAGCGACUUCUACGGGUUCAACCACUACUCAACCAGGUUCUACACUCGCAACGGGUUCAAAUCCGGAAUGUACCCCAUACCGUCAUAUGAAGAUGAUCUCGCAGCGAUAUACUCGUACAAGGAUUACAAGCCAGCUGCGAUUGUUCAUUGCACUGAAAUCCCAGAAGGAAUGAGAUUAGCCUUGAAAUGGGUGAAAGAUAAUUACGACAAUCCACCUGUGAACAUUAUAGAGAACGGUUUCGGCACCUUGGGAGGUCAGCAAGAUUAUGACAGAGUGAAGUAUCUCACGAGGUACAUGGAUGCAAUUUUAGACGCCGUUGAAAUUGACGGAGUUAAUGUCACAAUGUAUACAGUUUGGAGUUUGAUGGAUAACUUCGAAUGGGCCAAUGGAUUAAGCAUAAAAUUCGGUAUUUUCGAAACGGACUACGGAAACAGUAAUAAGACCAGAAGACCAAGAAUGUCUGCAUUUUGGUUCCGAAAUUUGGUAGCGACAAGGAUUUUAGAUCCCUAUCGUGAAACAGAAUUUCAGAAACUUGAAUUUUAACAUGUGUACAAAGGCGAUUUAAAUUUUUGAAAUAUGUGCUGUAUUGGUUAUAUAUUUGUCCUAAGUAAUUAUAUUAAGUUUAGAUUAAACACAAAUUGUGACUUACUUCAAAAAAUUAACAUAACAAAAUUAUAUACGUUUUGAAAAUA